CACUACUGUCAUUUAGCCUGCAAAGCCCACAAACAAAAGCCUACACAAGUCUUCCUUUUCUCUCUCUCUCUCUCUUCUUGCUCUUCCUCUCUUUAGAUGGAAUGAUGUAUCAAUGCUUGUAAAGGUUUGAAAUUUGAUAACUUUUUGAAGAAGCAAUUUGAAAAAGAAAAGAAGAAAAAGAGAGGAUAUGGAGGUGGAGAAGAGGAUAGUAGUGAAUGGAGGCAUGAGAUUGCCAAUAGGAUACAGAUUUCACCCAACGGAGCAAGAGCUUAUCCUUCAUUACUUGCUCCCAAAGGCCUUUGCUUCUCCUUUGCCUUCCUCCAUCAUCCCUGUCUUUGACCUCUUCUUCUCUCAUCCUCUUACUUUCCCAGGGGACCAAAAAGAAAAGCAGAGGUACUUCUUUUGCAAGAAGAGAGAAGUGUCAAGUAAUGAGCAUAGAAUCAAGAUUUCAUCUGGUGAUGGUUAUUGGAAACCUAUUGGGAAAGAGAGACCAAUCAUUGCCUGUGGUAAAACAUUUGGGAUUAGAAGAACACUUGCUUUCUAUGAAACAAACAAGUCUUCUUCUAAUUGCAACAAAACCAAAUGGAGCAUGACAGAGUAUUGCCUUGCGGGAUUUGCAUCGGCUAAGGUGUUUGGAGAAUGGGCAGUGUACAAUGUUUAUGAGAGAAAAGGAUCAAAAGGAAGAAAGCAGAGCAAAUCAAGAGAGGGAGAUGCUGAAGAAUUGACUUGCGUCCACCAUUUUAUGGUUGGGUCCGAUCAUGAAACCGGUCCGCCACCGCCUUCUCCUCCUAGCUCAGCUGAUGAGUAAUUUAUAUCUCAUAGGAAACGUUGGGAUUGUGACAAGCUCCUAAACCCUAACCUACUAGUCCACUUACGUUUCUGCCAAGCUAUGUCAAAAAAUUUCCACGUCUUGAUUUAUUUGUUAGAGAAAUAAGUAACAUGGGGAUAAGGGAGCUCAUUUUGAUCUGAAUCUGUUGUAUUGUAUGAGUUGAGAUUUCACUUUCGUUGAGCAAAACCAAAUAUAUGUCAAACUUGUUG